AUGGAUGAUUUCACGGAUCCUCCCGGCAAACGAUACCGAGCCCAGCGAAUCAACUACCGUGCUCUCAAUGAUGGCAUCGACGAGGAGGCUCCACUAAAAGACCGAAUUAUCAAUUUCCCUAAAGUCUGGCUCUUCUCGUAG